AUGCGUACGUUGGAGCGUGUCGUUGAGACCCGUAUCGAUCUCCUGGAAUGGGAAUCACCAACCCCAAAAGAGGACUGUGCCUCAUGUCGGGCACUCGACUGCGACAUCAUUUUCGCACUUUUAUUCACGAUGGUCAUAGCCUGUUUGUUGGUUCUGAUUAUGGUAUUCUGGUUGAAGGGAGUGUUGCAGUACGAGGAGUAA